UAUUCCCAGAAACAACAUGGCGACCGGGUAUUCCCGUGCCCUCACUAAGUCCCCUGGGUGGGCUUUCGACGUUCGGGCGACCAGUAAGAAGGUGACUUUUCCAUAACAGGGGCGGGGGAUAAAGAAGGGCGGAGCUUGGAGCAGCCAUGAAGUUAAAUAUAGAUGGAUUGCUGGUGUACUUCCCCUAUGAAUACAUAUAUCCAGAACAGUUCUCCUAUAUGCUGGAGCUCAAGAGGACUCUGGACGCUAAGGGUCAUGGGGUCCUGGAGAUGCCAUCGGGGACGGGGAAGACCGUCUCUCUGCUGUCACUAAUAGUGGCGUAUCAGAGGACGUACCCGCUAGAAGUUACCAAGUUAAUAUACUGCUCCAGGACUGUUCCAGAGCUUGAGAAGGUUAUGGAGGAGCUGAGGAAGCUGAUUGAGUACACGCAAUCCCAAACCGGGGAGAAACUCAACUUUUUGGCCCUGGCUUUGAGUUCCAGGAAAAACCUGUGUGUGAAUCCAGAGGUCAGCGCUCUGCGAUUCGGAAAAGAGAUAGACGGACGUUGUCACAGUCUAACCGCCUCCUUCGUGCGAGAGCAGAGACACAGAGAACCCGGCAUGCCCUCCUGUCGCUUCUAUGAGGAAUUCGAUGCCAUCGGCAGACAGACUCCGCUACCCCCUGGGGUAUAUAACCUGGAUGACCUCAGGGUAUUAGGGCGACAGCGAGGUUGGUGUCCGUACUUCCUCGCCCGACAUGCGUUGUCGCAGUGCAAUGUGAUUGUGUACAGCUAUCACUACCUACUGGACCCUAAAAUUGCUGACCUCGUCUCUCGGGAACUCGCCAAGAAGUCUGUAGUUGUCUUUGACGAGGCGCACAAUAUCGAUAAUGUCUGCAUCGACUCCAUGAGCGUCACCAUCACGCGAAGAACGCUCGAGCGCUGUCAGAAUAACAUCGAGACACUCAGCACGGCUUUAGAGAAAAUUAAAGAAACCGAUGAACGAAAGCUUAGGGAGGAAUAUACCCGGUUGGUGGAGGGUCUGCGGGAGGCCACGGUGGCCCGAGAGACAGAUGUCUACCUCUCCAAUCCCGUGUUACCCAAUGAGAUCCUGCAAGAGGCUGUUCCGGGCUGUAUUCGUAACGGCUUACACUUUCUGGGCUUUCUGCGGAGGCUGGUGGGUUACAUCAAAUCUCGUCUCCGCUCGGGUCAUGUGACGCAGGAGGGCCCUGCCGCUUUCCUGCGAGACCUCUAUGAGAAAGUGUGCAUCGAGCGGAAGCCGAUGAGGUUCUGCGCGGAGCGGCUGCGUUCUCUCACUCGCACCCUGGAGAUCGCGGACAUCACAGACCUGUCUCCUCUCACCCUCAUCACCAACUUCGCCACGCUCGUGAGCACGUACACCAAAGGUUUUAUGAUCAUCAUCGAGCCGUUUGAAGACAGAACCCCUAGUAUCAGUAACCCCGUGCUACACUUCAGCUGCCUGGACGCGUCCCUCGCUAUUAAGCCUGUUUUCCAGAGGUUUCAAUCGGUCAUCAUCACAUCUGGGACCCUCUCCCCAUUGGAUAUUUACCCGAAAAUCCUGGACUUCCGGCCCGUUACUAUGGCAACCUUCACCAUGACCCUGGCUCGCGUUUGCUUGUGUCCUAUGGUUGUGAGCCGGGGGAAUGAUCAGGUCGCCAUGAGCUCCAAGUUCGAGACCAGGGAAGAUCUGGCUGUGAUGCGCAAUUAUGGGAACCUUCUCCUGGAGAUGUCUGCCGUGGUCCCCGACGGCAUCGUGUGUUUCUUCACCAGUUACCAGUACAUGGAGAACAUCGUGGCCUCGUGGUAUGAGCAGGGAAUAUUGGACAACAUCGAGCGGAACAAACUCAUCUUCAUCGAGACGCAGGACGGAGCGGAGACCAGCGUGGCGUUGGAGAAAUACCAGGAGGCUUGUGAGAACGGCCGGGGGGCGAUCCUGUUAUCCGUGGCUCGCGGGAAAGUGUCCGAGGGAAUUGAUUUUGUGCAUCAUUACGGUCGGGCCGUUAUAAUGUUUGGCGUCCCGUAUGUAUAUACACAGAGCCGGAUACUGAAGGCUCGACUGCAGUUCCUACGGGACCAGUUUAACCUGCGCGAAAAUGACUUCUUGACGUUUGAUGCUAUGAGGCACGCCGCUCAGUGCGUGGGUCGCGCCAUUCGCGGCAAGACGGACUACGGGAUCAUGUUAUUUGCAGACAAGAGAUAUGCCCGUGCUGACAAGCGAGGAAAGUUACCCCUGUGGAUCCAGGAACAUCUGACCGAUGCCAACCUGAACCUCACGGUGGACGAAUGCAUCCACAUGUCCAGACAUUUUCUCAGAGACAUGGCCCAGCCAUUCCGGAGGGAGGACCAGCUAGGAUUGUCUCUUCUGACUCUAGAACAGCUGCAGUCGGAAGAGAUGCUACAGAAAAUCCAGGAGAUCGCUCACCAGGUGUGAGACCUAUCCUGAGACCACCUGUCGGAGACCUAGAGACAUCCGGAAGCGGCCCAUGAGACGACCAGCGAAGGAUGCAGACUAAUCUACACCAAGAUGGACUUGCUAACUCUAAUGCUCUGUAUGAGAGUCCCUUCAUCUGUGUGCGCUGUAUAUAGAGCACACCUCUGUACACUGUAUGUGUUUUUACAUACUGUAAUAAAAAGCUACAUUUGUAACAAAUACAA